ACAUGAAGGGCUUGUCGGGCAGCCGUGGCCAGCAUCAUCAGCUCCCCAUGCCUCACUCCCCGUGUGGCCUGGUGGAGUUUGAUCGACCUCAUGACAUUCAUGGCGUUCACUCGUCUGACCUCCGUCACACGUACCUGCUCAGCCCAACAGACAGCUGUGCCAUGGACUACCAGCACCACCAGCGCUACUCUCCUCGUAGCUCCAUCCACUCCGAUUGCAUGAUGCUUUCACCAACAGUGUUGCAACCUACUGGUAGUGCUGACCACAUCUCCAGCAGCACAUUUCCCAGAAUGCACUAUGAUUCCCAGUACUAUGACUCAGCCUCCCGAGAUGACUGUGCUACCAUCACCACGUCGGCCACUUCUGCUGCUGCUGCCUCAUCAUUUGCCUCCCAUCAUGCUGUUAGCAAGAGCAAUCGCAUCCCUGCCAACCUCUUGGAUCAAUUUGAGAAGCAGCUUCCAGUGCACCGCGAUGGUUUCCACACGUUACAGUACCAACGCACUUCCGCUUCCGAGCAGCGCAGUGAGAGUCCUGGACGAAUUCGUCACCUGGUGCACUCUGUCCAGAAACUCUUCACCAAAUCCCACUCCUUGGAGGGCUCAUCCAAGAUGAAUGGUGCUAAAGGGGAGGGUGUGGUCCAUCACCACCACCACCACCACGGUGGCCACCACCCAUCCAAACAUGGGAUCAAACGCAGCAAGAGCAAGGAACGCAAACAUCGCUCAGGCAGUUGGUGGAGCUCUGAUGAUAACCUGGACAGUGAUGGCACGUUCCGCACUCCUGGGAGUAUGAGCCGACAUCACGCAGGCCAUUGUAUUUCUGAAUCCGUACGCCCUCACUUUGGUGACCACUCGCUCAAAACCUCCAAGAGCAGCAAUGAUGUAAAGUGCUCAGCCUGUGAGAGCCUUGCCAUGCCACCAGAAGGAAAGUUUAUGAAAAGGAGUUCCUGGUCCACACUCACUGUCAGCCAGGCCAAAGAAGCAUACAGAAAGUCCUCCCUCAACCUGGACAAGUCCACAGUCCAUCAUGAUCUAAAGUCCUCGCUACGUGGCAGUCACUAUCUGCAGGUGCCUGGUGAUGAGUGGAGUGGUUACCCGGGAAUCAAGAAGGACGAGGAGAUCCCGUGUCGGCGGAUGCGCAGCAGCAGUUACGUGAAAGCCAUGGGGGAUGAUGAGAGUGGUGACUCAGACACCAGUCCCAAAGCGUCGCCUCAAAAAUCUGUUCGUCCAGAUGCCCUCGUUCUCAAAUCUGCCAUCCACAGACCUCAUAUAGACAGCCAAAGCCAAGGCUACCACUUGCAAACAACAAGAGAUAUGCGUCCCCAUCCCGGUGUGUCUCUGGAUCCAGCGGCCUCCUACCAUCCUCCCCAAUAUCGCUCUCGCAACCAGAGCUACAUGCGCGCGGUCAGCACCCUCAGUCAGGCAAGCUGCCUCAGCCAGGGGAAGAAUCAAAGUGAGAAAGAGAAAGGAAGAGGAAAAAUUAAGGACUGCUAUUCCUGUUUUUGUCUCUCAGGGAUCCAGUUUCGCCUGCCUACUGCCUGUACUGUUGAACGAACGCAGGAACCAACGGCAGAACCAGCAGUGACGUUUACGCCAAGCUAUAAGAAAACACCUCCUCCGGUUCCUCCACGCAGUGUUACGAAGCCGAUUAUCUCCGUCACGGCUCAGAGCAGCACAGAGUCCAUGCAGGAUGCAUAUCACGAAGGUCGUUUACCCCGCUUACCCCGCAGCAGGGAUGUCUGGGGGAAAUAUGUCUCCACAGAGAGCUUGGACAGCGCCAAGGCACUCACGUUGGCCACAGAGGGCAGAAGGCUGGUAUCCACAGGCAGCUAUACAUCAGUGCAGACCUGUGACAAGGCUGUGCUCGUGUCGAAAGCAGAGGAAUAUCUAAAAACUCCACGCUCAUCUAUAGGAAUCCAGGUGGAAGGAGUCACAGACUCAGAAGCAGAGAGUAAAGGUCUGCCGCAGUAUCAGUCAGUGGGCAUCCAGGUGGAAGGCGAGAAACGCCGCGGGCGUUUUAAGCGCUCAAACAGCGUGACAGCAGCAGUACAGGCCGAUGUAGAACACGAGCUUUUCCGAUCAGUGGAGGAUAAGGUAGUGCAGUUUGGUGGCUUUCAGAGGCACUCGGAGCCCAGCUCUCCUGCCCAAUACAGUGCCACACGCACUGUGCGGACACAGGGCAUCUUCACCUACCGAGAUGAUUACAGAGCUCCAAGUGGGCCAUCGAGCCCACGUGCGGCAACCUGGGUCGAGGAAACAGAGGAAACAGAAGCUGGUCGGGUAUCCCCAGUGCAUGUUGACGGCAGCUGGUACAUGCAACUUCUGCACAACGAGACCAAACGCAUGGAGGCGUGGUGUAAAGAGAUGGAGCGCGAGGCUGAGGAGCAUGAGCUGUCUGAAGAGAUUUUAGGAAAGAUCAGGAGUGCUGUUGGAAGUGCACAACUCCUCAUGUCACAGAAAUUUCAGCAGUUUUACUGGCUUUGUGAGCAAAACCUGGAUCCGAGUGCAAUGCCCCGACCCACAGCUCAAGAUCUGGCUGGAUUCUGGGAUCUGCUGCAGCUUUCCGUUGAUGACGUCACAGCCAAGUUUGAUGAGUUGCAGAAGAUCAAGAGAAAUGAGUGGAGAACUGUGGAGGAACCGGAAGAGAAGGAAAGGAAGUGGCCUCCUCCAACAGCGAAAAGGCCACCUAAAGGACGUGGUGCUGGAUUGACUCGUGAGCGGUCUCUGGAUCUGCAGGACCGACAGAGGCAGGAGGCUCGACGCAGGCUGAUGGCCGCUAAACGAGCUGCUUCAUUUCGCCAAAGCUCAGUCUCGGAGAGGGCGGAUAGUAUAGAGAUUUAUAUACCGGAAGCCCAGACGCGACUAUGAAAUGCACGAUUACUCAUUCUGUCACUUGCACGUGCUGCUAUUACACACCCUGUUUACACAGGUUCACUCCCAAGCACCCUUAAUCGAUCUUAAACACAUUCCUGAGCUCUCAAAGUGCACCUGUAAUCUUGAAUAUGUUUCUCCACUAAUGCGAAGGGCUUCAAAUGGUCGGAGGUCACGUCUAACAAAUCCUUUUUACUUAUUUUUUACACCAGGGAACAAUUUAAAGGGAAUAAACACUGCAUAUGCACAUGUAAGUGUCCUUAUCCUGUUUAGUGAUGUUGCUAGCAAAUGAAAACUGAGCAGGGGUGAAAGUAGUUUUAAAUUUCUACCGCAAACUUCAUCGCUUCAUGUUGUUCACUUCUCCUUGCACCUUGAAAGGAAUGUUUCAAUCUUUUAAUAUUUAUAAUAAUGUCCCAAAACAAUAAAUUGAAAGCACCCUUUUACACAGGCCGUGUUUAGGAAGUACAGAAGGACACACAUGCAUCGUUGUGUUCUGUACUGUUUAUAGGUAACCCCCGUUUGUCCCUCACACACAGCUUGUCUGAGCUGUUGGUAUAAAACAGAAUAUCAUGAACCAUCACAACUUAUUCCGCUAUGCAUUUUACCUGAGCAAUUUUGACACAAACAUCUGCCUGCCAAAACCUCAGAGCACUGGAUAUCAGUCAAGUGCAGCAUGCUAGCAGUCAACUAGCAGUAAUGAUGAAUCAAACCACACAUGGCUUAGAAUGCAAUGCAAUUCAGAAUGACUUAGAAGUAGUUAAUAAUCAGACAAAGAUUUGUUCACGAUGACAAUGUUAUUAGAUGUGUUUUCUUGCUGAAAGUGUUGUGGGUUUUGGCAGGCAGCUGCUCUCCCCUCUUUCCAGUAUUGCUGUCUACCAUUGAAUCUUUUAGUGAUACACAGGUACCUUCCUUUUUUUACCAAUGAAUAAAUUGGCAUAGCAUUACACUGAAAUCAGUAGA